UGAAUUAAAGUUCUCUCUAACCAACAAAAACUCACAAUCCCAAUAUAUUUUAGAGAGAAAAAAUGGAUCAAAAAUUGCCAGUGGUAGCAAAAAACUUCUGGAAAAUAGUCCGUGUGGCUUACUUCAUGUUGAGAAAAGGAUUAUCAUCAAAGAGGAAACUAAUGUUCGAUCUCAACUUAUUAAUGAAACGUGGUAAGAUUGCUGGCAAAGCCGCCUUCCAAAAUCUGAUGUUCCAGGGCCAUAAUAAUAAUAAUAUUCAUCAAUCAACUUCGAAAGAGUAUUACGAGUUCAGCUGCAGUAACAGCCCUGCUUUCCAUCUCCCCUUCCACAUCAACAAACGCAUUAAUAAGCAUAGUCAGCCUGAACAUGACAUUGAGUACGACGACGUUUCAAUGAUGAACGCUGCUGUUUUGAAGGCAUUAGAAAUGCUUCAGAGCGAAACGGCAUCACCUGCUUUGCCUAGAUUCGGGAGGACUCCAACGGUGAGGCAAUUGAGGAUCACUGAUUCGCCUUUUCCUUUAAGAGAAGCUGAUAAUGGUGACAUGAUUAGCCACGUUGAUGAGAAAGCUGAUGAAUUCAUUUCUCGAUUCUACAGAGAUUUGAGAAGAGAAGCUUCUGCCUUUGCUUAAUUUUUUGGAGUGCUUUAUUUUUUUUCAGUAAUUGGGAAUUUUUUGGGAGAGAAGAUCGAAAAUCCAAAAUAAAAUAAUGUUAAGAGUUUAUGAUGAUAAUAAUCAAUACAUUCAAGGCUUAAGUCCUGAAAUUUUGCAUCAACAAA